AUGGAAAGGACCGUCACCCGAAGCCUGCCCUUUGGGCAGCGAUUGACGCCAGAGAUGCUGGCCUGCGCCACAAGUCGGGACCCCGGAAGGAGAAGUCCUCGGGGCUUCUCGGGCCAGCGCACCGCCGCUGCCCCUACUCAAGAUGGCGUCCCGGGCCGCUUCCGCCGCCCCCGCGGCCGCUUCCGGCCGGACGCCCUGGAGCGCAGCCUGUGGGAGGGCGCGGGGGCCGCCCGCCAAUGGGGAACUACGGCGCGCGGCCGGGACCUGGAGGUAGCGCCUCAAGGCGGGCGCGGUUCAGUCGGGCGGCGGCGGCGGCGGCGGAGGAGGAGGAGGAGGAGGAGGUGGAGGAUGUGGGCCACGCACGGGCUGGCGGUGGCGCUUGCUCUGAGCGUGUUGCCGGGCGGCCGGACGUUGCGGCCGGGCGACUGCGAAGUCUGUAUCUCCUAUCUGGGAAGAUUUUAUCAGGACCUCAAAGACAGAGAUGUCACAUUCUCACCGUCCUCUAUUGAAAAAGAACUUAUAAAAUUCUGCCGGGAAGCAAGAGGCAAAGAGAAUCGGUUGUGCUACUACAUCGGGGCCACAGAUGACGCUGCCACUAAGAUCAUCAAUGAGGUGUCCAAGCCCCUGGCUCACCACAUCCCUGUGGAGAAGGUCUGUGAGAAGCUCAAGAAGAAGGACAGCCAGAUCUGUGAGCUCAAGUAUGACAAGCAGAUCGACCUGAGCACGGUGGACCUGAAGAAGCUCCGGGUCAAAGAGCUGAAGAAGAUCCUGGACGACUGGGGGGAGACGUGCAAAGGCUGCGCGGAGAAGUCUGACUACAUCCGGAAGAUUAACGAACUGAUGCCUAAAUAUGCCCCCAAGGCAGCCAGUUCACGGACUGAUUUGUAGUCGGCCUGGUCCCUGCUGCACCUGAGGGGAAAGCAGCUCACCUGCGUCUUCCCCACAGCCUUUUUGUAAUUUAUUUUUUAGGCGGGCUCCUGACAGUGUCAGGUGUGAAGCCUGGAGCUUUCCUGACGAAGCUGGCUCUCCAGCGCCCCCCUGGGGGGAUUCACUUUGUUCUGUUGCUGGUUUACUCUAGGACUUCAAAGUGUGUCUGGGAAUUUUUUAUUAAAGGAAGAAAAUUUCUAGCUGUC